GUGGGUCAGCUGUGAGGGACACGAGCGCAGUGCAAACGGCUCUCACGAGUCUAAUUUGGGAAAAACAUGGUCAGGAUUUAGUUGUGAUUGUCUUAUACACUCAGUUUAAAAGUGGCAAAGUCGAGUUUACUGCUAAUUUGAAUAUUUUUAAACUUCUUUACGCUCGGAUGGUGGUGUUUUGAUCCGGAGCAGGUGAAUUCAUCGACAGCCCCACAACCUCGAGGUCUAUCUCCAUCCAUCCAUCCAUCUGAACCAUGUCGACCAACUCCACUGUCCCGCGGGGCUGUGGCUCCAACGUGGACUCUCUCUACUACAAUCUGUGCAACCUGAACGCAGUCUGGGGCAUAGUCGUCGAAGCUUUCUCUGCUGCCGGGAUCGUUGUUUCCAUUGUUUUGUUUAUUUCCCUUCUUGCUAGCAUCCCUUUCAUCCAAGACAAGAACCGGCGUAGCUCCAUAGUGCUCCAAGGCUUCUUUUUGGUGGCAACAUUAGGACUAUUUGGUCUAACUUUUGCUUUCAUCGUCGGGAAAGACUUUGCGACUUGUGCGUCAAGGAGGUUCCUAUUUGGCGUCUUUUUCGCUGGAUGUUUCGCUUGUUUGCUAAUGCAGGGCGUGAGGUUGAAUUUUCUUGUACGACGCAAUUCGGGUCCGCCAUCUUGGGUGCUGUGUUUAGGUAUGCUAGGUCUAUGGCUAGUCGAAGCUAUCAUCAACACAGAAUGGCUAAUAAUCACAAUUGUUCGUAGCCCGUUGGCGGCGCUAAACGGAACAGAAAUUGGGCUAGCGACUGCAACGCCAUGCAACAUUGCGAACGAAGAUUUUGUGAUGGCAUUGAUCUACGUUAUGACGCUAAUGUUGGCGUCUUUUGUGGCAAGUUUGGUGAUAAUGUGCGGUAAACAUAACCAAUGGAAGCUGGAAGGUGCGAGUAUCCUGAUUGCAACCCUGCUAUCAGUGUUCAUUUGGAUUGCAUGGAUCGUUAUGUACGUUUUUGGCAAUGAAAGAACUGGAGGACCGACUUGGGACGAUCCAACUUUAGCCAUAGCGCUGGUGGCUAAUGCGUGGGUAUUUUUGAUAGUCCACACCGUCCCUGAAAUUUGCUGUUAUAGCGAUGAAGAGGAGGAGGAGCAAGGAUUCGGACAGGAGCUGUAUCCGAGCAGAGCAGUGGGUUACGAGACCAUCCUGAAGGAACAGAGCUCUCAAAAUCUGUUUCUGGAGAACAAGGCCUUCUCCAUGGAUGAACCCAGUCAUGCGCCCAAACCGGUGUCUCCUUACAGUGGCUACACAGGACAGCUGCGGGCUUCGGUCUACCAGCCAACAGAACUGGCCCUCAUCGCCAAGUCAUCAGCAAACCGCCCCCAAGAGGUUCCUUAUGACUCCGCUAUUCCCCGAGCCACAGUGCCCUCUGCAGGCAGCAGCGCACAGAGCACUCCCUCCACUCGGGCGGAUAUCAACGGGACCACCACAGCCCAUACACACACCAAUGGCACCAGUGGAAAUGGUCUACACAGGACGACCCAGUGGAUUCUAAGCUCUGAAGGUGAAACUACUGCUAAGACUUAUUAUUCAUUCCCACAUGGAAAGUUGGUAAAAUGAUGGACAAAUGAAAAGUUGACGACGCUGAAGAAAACGGUUGUUACAUGAAGAGAAGUCAAUAUUUGUUUUGUUAUAAUUGUAAUAUAGGAGACUACGGUGGCCCCUCGUAGUCUAAUUUACUCCCACAAAUUCAAAAAAACAUGCAGACCACAGUUUUGUACAGCAAAUAAUACAUUCGAUUUCAAUGGUCUCAAUGUAUGCAUCCUCUAGGGCAGGGGUGUCCAAACUGAAACAUAUUUGAAGCGGAGGGACACAUACAAGUGUUGAUACAUGGAGUCAAAUGCUGCAUUUAACACAGGUUUUACAGAGACAUUGUACUUUUAAUGAGACUUAAGGAAGAUUAUUUUUACAUCUGUCAUAAUGCAAUGUGAUGUUAUUCAGGUUAUAGAGGUAGAAUGUCUUCAGUUUGGAAUAAAAAAUACUUCCUGAUCAAUUGGACAAGUGUAGGGGGAGGCAUGAGGGCCAACAAAAAUUAGUCUGAGGGCCGCAUUUGGCCCCUGGGCCAUAGUUUGGACAGACCUGCUCUAGGGGCAUUUUUGCUUCUUGUAUUAUCAUUAACAUGUAAAAAUAACCAAUUGUAUAGUUCGCAAAAUUGUAUAAAGUUAAAUUAUUAAACCAGUGAACACACAAGGAAAAACUUUGAAUGACAAGGAACAGGGAAAAAUGUAACCAGGACUUUCCCUAAUCACAUUAUUAAAAGUAUUUUAAAGGUAUGUAAAUAUUGUGUUGGAGGCUACCUGCUGGUUUCCAUGGAGAUGUUCUUACUUUACAAGAAUCGGUCAAACAUCUAUAUAGUGCUUUUCCGUCUUCAAGACACUCAAAGCGCUUGACACCCAUGAACCAGUCACCCUUUCACACACACAUUCAUACACACGUGUACACAGACACUGGGGGUGAGGUGGAUGAAGUGUCUUGCCCAAGGACACAACAACAGCAUUUAUCUGUGGGAUCUUUUGAUCAGUGGACAAACACUACCAACUGAGCUACUGUUGCACUAUAUUGUGUCACAGUAGGGCAUUAAACAUCUAUCGACAUGGACAAGCAGGUGACGCUACUAGGCAAAGUUACAGGUCAGAUCUGUGGAGACUUGGAUCACAGUAAGAAAGCUUGAACUUUUUUCAGCAGUAAAAACACAUGUCAUUGGAAAAAAAUGCAAGAAAAAAAUGCCAAGCAACAGCAUCUCCAUGGAGACAAGCAGGUAUAGCAGACCUUCAGAAAAGUUACAUAGUGCACCUUUAAAUCUAAUGCUCUAAUUGUGCCAAUAUUAGUGUUUUGUUUGUAAUGUUAUAGUCGCCUUCUGAUUACUUUAAGAGUGAACAUUGAAAGAAAAGUUAAGAUGAGCUAAAAUUAUAAUUAUAACGACAAUGGGAUUAUGUUGUGAAGAAGGAACUGCCUCCACACAGACUGUAAAGAGACUGAAACAACAAAACACACAUGAGCGGUGGGUUCAGAUCAAACUGAGGCUGUAUUUGAGUUUCAAAGGGAUGCAAUGUCUAUACUGUCCCAUUAAAUGUCAUUAUUUAUCAAACGAGGGGCAAACUUUUAUAUUUGAGGUUGUAAUGCACUGUUUUGUCCCAUGUAGACCCUUUUUGUCCCCCGUCGACUCUCUUUGUCCCCCUGUAGACCCUCUUGCCCCCCUGUAGACCCGGGCCUCUGACAUAUUUUUAUUUGUACAUAUUUUUCAGAACUGUCUUGUAAAUAUUUCCUGAAUGCAUGUAUUUAAACACCAUUGUUAUUGACUAUCUACCAAUCAAACUAGACCAACUUUUAGUAUUUAAGGUUUAGGGUCUGGUGUCUGGAGGAGGCUUUUUAUGAUUGCACUUGAGAAAAUGCAAAAAAAUAAAGACAAUAAACAAUUGUCAAUUGC